CUGUGUGUGGGACAAAGUGGUGGAGAGAGGCAGGUGUAGAGCAGGAACAAGUCAGAGAGAGGGAGCGCAUUCAGUCUGAGCGGCGGGAACAGAGAUCGACAGACGGCGGGAAACUCUGUGAAGAAAAGAACAAACAAAAAGAAAGAAAAAUAUAGAGACAGAUUUCUUAUCCUCCGGUUUCUGCUCUAAUAUGGAGGGCUCCUCUAGCACCCCUCUGUCCCGGACCUCCACCCCUCCCACAGACCCCCUAUUCCACUCAGAGCCGCCCUACAGCGUUCCCAACCCGGCCAGCUCCCCGCGCCUCCCCGCCGCGCGUCUCUCCAGAGCGUUCCUCAGCGGGGGGAGCGGCAGAGUCCCGCUCGGUGUGAACGGGACGAGCGGCGGCGGGACUCCCUCACACACCGAGUGUAAGACAGUGGAGGUUCACGGCGUGAAGGUGGCGUCGUUCACGGUAAGCGGCGUGGAGCUGAUCUGCCUGCCGCAGGUGUUCGAGCUGUUCCUGAAGCACCUGGUGGGAGGUCUGCACACCGUCUACACCAAGCUGAAGCGGCUCGACAUCUGCCCGGUGGUCUGCACCGUGGAGCAGGUCCGCGUGCUGCGUGGGCUCGGAGCCAUCCAGCCCGGAGUGAACCGGUGCAAGCUCAUCACCAGGGCCGACUUCGAGACGCUGUACCGGGAUUGCACCAACGCCAGCUCCAGACCAGGUCGUCCUCCGAAGAGGACACUGGGCGUGGCUGCAAUGGCUGACGGCUCAAGACUCCUCCCACAUGCCCUGAUAAGCCCCACCCUGCUGUCACAAACAGGUCUGACAGCUGCAGCGAUGGCUGAAGCCCUGAAGCUACAGAAGGUGAGGAUGAUGAUGGGUUUCCACAACAGCGAUCAUCAGCGACAUCACAAUGUAGUGGAGUCAGAGACAGAGGACACAGGAGGCAGUGAAGCAUCAUGGGAGAAGGAGCAGCACCUCCUCCCGCACCCUCCGUGCUCAGUGGCGCCCCCUCCUGGUUCAGCAUCUCUCCAUCUCAACACUCUGCAGCAACACAGUGCGCUAUUGGCUAACCGGCUGUCAGAACUUCCUUUUAUGGUCAUGCCCCACCCCCUCCUCAAUAUGGGCCUGCCGCCUGCGAGUGUUGCCAUGGCGAUGAAUCAAAUGAGUCAGCUGAGCGGUUUGGCAAACAUGGCAGCCGUGUCCCAGAUUCAGAGAGAAGAGAGAAAGUUGAGUGACACUCCUCUAGGAAGCCCCUCCUCCUGCCCCUCCCCCAGUGACGGCGAGUUCCAUCCCCAAGAACCAACCAGCCAAUCACCUUCCAGAGCAUCUUCAUCAUCCUCAUCAUCACCUCCUCCUGCAGCAAACUCACCAGAGCCAGACAGCGACUCUGCAGAGCAGGAGAACCACCUGAAGCAGGUGUUGAAGGAGAAAGGUGACAUUCUGUUGCCCCUCCCCCUGCUCAAACCGGCCUAUGAGAAGCUGCCGCUCACCACUCAGCCACUGUCAAUCAACAAUGCAAACCCCGCCUUCUCUCCGUUUCUAUUGGCUGAGGGUCUGUCAUCCAUGGAGACACUGCUGACCAACAUACAGGGUCUCCUGAAGGUGGCAGUGCAGAGCGCACGCUGUCAGGACAAACAUAACCAAACAGAACGUAAAGAGUUAAAACUGGAGCUGGAGAGAGAGAGAGACGCCCGGCAGACUUUACAGAGACAGCUGAGCUCUGAGCUGCACACCAGAGCCUCGAUUCAGCGGCGUCUGAAAAAGGAGAAGAAGGCGAAGAGGAAGCUGCAGGAGGCACUGGACUUUGAGUCGAGGAAAAGGGAGCAGGUGGAGAGAGCGCUCAAACACUCUGACGCCCUCGAUGGCGCAGGGAUUUCCGAGAACGAGAACAAACAGGACAACACUGCAGCUCAGGAGAAUCGUCCGUUCAUAAAACCUCCACUUCUUUUCUGAUUGCCGCCUUCACUCUGACUGAUUGAGACAGAUCCAAACUCCAAAUCCCACAGCCACCCCUCUUCCUGACUCCUGUUUCUCAUGAAGACUUCCUGCUGUCACCCGUAUCAUCAUCAUUCAUAAAAUUGAAUUGUUGUUAUCAUUAUUAAAGAAACCAGCAUCAGGGGACAGGUUACAGGGCUGGUGGGAGGAGCUUAGAAGUCACCAUCACAUGACCUAUGAUGUCAUCAGGUGAUGCACCCUGCUACUGGAGAUGAGUCAUAUUUGAAGGAUAAUAAGAAAAAAAAAAAGAUUUCAGAGGCCCAGAGCUGGACUGAACUGGUCUUGACUGGUCUGGACUGGUUUUAAAACAGCCUGAACGGGGGUCUACUAAACAUGUGAUGAUGGUCCCGACCUGUAGGGGGCAGAGUCUCUUAGUUUCUGAACUUUAUGUAGUGUCAAUUAGUUGUAGGUUGGUUCUACCAACAAUUGUGAUGAGUUAAUGUAUGACUGUUUGAAUUCUCUCUGUUUAUGAUGACUAGUCUUAACGAGCUCUGACCUUAACAAGCUCUGACUCUUUUAGAGCUCUGAAUCUUAAAGAGCUCUGACUCUUAACGAGCUCUGACCUUAACAAGCUCUGACUCUUAAAGAGCUCUGACUCUUAACGAGCUCUGACCUUAACAAGCUCUGACUCUUAAAGAGCUCUGACCUUAACAAGCUCUGACUCUUAACGAGCUCUGACCUUAACAAGCUCUGACUCUUAAAGAGCUCUGACUCUUAACGAGCUCUGACCUUAACAAGAUCUGACUCUAAAAGAGAUCUGACUCUUAAAGAGCUCUGACUCUUACGAUCUGACUCUUAACAAGAUCUGUCUCUUAACAAGAUCUGACUCUAAACAAGACCUGACUAGACGAGCUUUGACUCUAAACGAGCUCUGACUCUUAACAAGCUCUGACUCUAAACGAGCUCUGACUCUAAACAAGCUCUGACUCUUAAAGAGGUGACACCUUAAGGACUAAAGAUCAUCUUUAAACCAAAAGUUUUUCUGAAGUCAAAGUCCUCCUACCUUACAUGUGACAUCACUUGAUUCAGUGUGACAUCACAUAUUGAGUGUGGUCAAGAGGUCAUGACCUUUUAAAUACCUGCUUAAUGAGCAGCAGCUCCAGUAUGACAGCUGAUUGGUUAAGGGUUGUUCUUUUUAAUGUUAUAGCUCACAACAUACAAUCACAAAAUUCUAUUACUAUAUAUAUUAAUUUUAUAACAUCAACAACAAUACGUAUGUUAUUCUAAUUGUUGCUGUUGAUUUUGUUUUCAGUGUAAAUAAACAGAUUUAGCAGAGGUUCAUGAUGGAACCUCCUGAAGUGACCUGUGUCACGGAUCCUGCUCCAGGUACACCAAGGUGUUUUCUUCUGAUGAUUCUUGACUUCAGUGAAAUCAACCAGAGAAGAAGACCAACGCUGAUUAGUAAUUGAUUGAUUUGUUAUCAGGUUCAAUAAAAACUUUGAUUUAAACUUUAAUAAAUAUUUAAUCAAAACAAAGAAA